AUUUCGUCCCGCGAGGCUGGAAGUUGGUUUCUGAGCAUGCGCAGUGUGCGUUAUACAAGCGUUAAUAGUUAAUACACUGUAAAGGGACGUGUGUGCUAUCGAUAGAUAGGUAUUUUGCAUUUCGAUAUGUUACAUGAACGCAUAGAUGUGGAUGGUCCUCUUUGGGACCAAUCAACUUUCCUUGGGAGACUGAAACACUUUUUUUGGGUGACAGAUCCAAGAACAUGCACUGCUUCUGAUACAGCAUUAGAUGAUGCCAAGAAGUUAAUAGAACUCUACAGAGUUGGUAAGGAACCUCCAGGAACAAAUCAAGAGCAAAUCAUAUAUGCAAAGAAACUGUAUGACAGUGCAUUCCAUCCGGACACUGGUGAGAAACAAAAUGUGUUUGGCAGAAUGUCUUUCCAGGUCCCUGGAGGUAUGGCAAUCACAGGAGCUAUGUUACAAUUCUACAGGACAUCCACUGCAGUGGUAUUUUGGCAGUGGGUGAACCAGUCGUUCAAUGCUCUUGUUAACUACACAAAUAGAAAUGCAAAUUCUGAUGUGACAACAACACAGCUAGGGGUUGCUUAUGUGUCAGCAACUGCAUCAGCUAUGAUUACAGCUGUAGGAUGCCGUACAUUCUGGGAGAAACGAGCCAGCUCCCUCUUGCAGCGGUACGUGCCUUUUGCUGCUGUUGCUGCAGCAAAUUGUGUUAACAUUCCUCUAAUGCGGCAGAAUGAACUGAUUCAUGGUAUAGAUGUCUAUGAUGAAAAUGGGAACAAAAUUGCCAAGUCAAAGAUUGCAGCUGCCAAAGGGAUUUCUCAGGUUGUCAUAUCUCGGAUUGUGAUGUGUGCACCAGGCAUGACAAUUCUACCAAUAGUGAUGGAACGCCUGGAAAAGUACCCAUGGAUGCAAAAAAUUAAACCUCUCCAUGCACCAAUACAAGUUGUACUUGUAGGUUGCUUUUUGACAUUCAUGGUACCUGUGGCCUGUGCAUUAUUUCCACAAAAAUGUUCCUUAAAAGUGAGCACCCUAGCAUUGCUUGAGCCAGAAGAAUAUAACAAACUGAAGAAAUCUGGACUAGAAAUUCCAGAGUACGUUUAUUUCAACAAAGGCCUCUAACAGCCAACUUUAUUUGAAGGAAUAUUGUUUCAAAACUAUCUGAGACACAGUUGUUGAUAUGUGAUAUUAAAUUAGUAAUUUUAUAAUUUGAAAAGACAAACACAAAUUAAUUUCAAAAUACUAUUAUAAUGUAAGAUCUGACGACGACAAAAUAAGUUAUAAUUUUUCCAUGUAAUGUGUGUACAAAAAGAAAUACAGGAAUCUGUGAGAGGUUUUCAAGUCAGAAAAGUUUGUGUAAUAGCUUCUCUGACGUGUUAAAAGUAAUCAUUGUUGGCAAAACUAAAAAAAUCAGGGCUCAAGUAGCUGUUCACCACUCAUGUCUCUUUUAUAGCAGUAUAUUGUAUUGUAUAGUGCACAUUAUGCUACAGAUUAUGUAUGUUUUAUUCCAUUUUCUUUUUCUGCUUGUAAGUGAACAGGUUACAGGAGACAAAUUACGCGUGUUGAUAUUCAUACAGUAAGCCAAGAAUAUAAAACACUGUUAUAUCAUUGUUGGGAAACAAAGUAGUAUCGCAUAUCACAAACAUCAGCUUGCCAUCCACUGAUAUCAUGUUUUUAAUUGCAUACUACUGAAGAUUAAUUAUUUAAUUAUUCAUGUUAAGUGUGGAAUCUUGUUUUGUAAAUGGGUGUCAUUCAUUUUUAGAUGCCAAUUUAUGUGACAAACAGAAAAAUUAUUGAUAUUAUUGGUCUUUAUACA